GCAUGGCGACAGAUGGUGACGUGUGUGCGAUGUUUGUCGGGUCUGAGGCCGAUAAAGAUGCGGAUUCGCGGAGGGAGCCACAGAACCGGCGGCUGGCCGGGGAGGAUUCCUAAAUACUUGGGGAAGGCCUAACUCCUUGAAUACGAACCUGCAGGUCUCGCGUUUUCAGAUCCGAGUCUUUGACCAGGAAAACGCCCUGAUGAACAGCAGCCAUCUUUGUUCAGCGGGAACAGAGCGCAUGCGCAAGUCUUCUGCUGACGUUUCGAGUGGGUGGGUUGUGUCUCAACCAGGUCCUAGUGCUUGGCAUAGAACGUAUCGUUCCAAACCAGGAUUGUGUACGGCUUGGAGGGGAACUGGCAGGAAUAUUAGAAGAGCAUGGUUUGCAGACAGGAAACUCAAAUUGAGCGUAGCUUCAUGAUCAGAGCUACAGUCAGAUAAAGAACUACUCGAUUCCUCAGGGCCUGAAUAACACCUGUCUUUGAAUGUGGAAGGAGAAGUGUUUAUCUGUUCUGGUUGUGGGAAAAUAUUUCUAACAUCAGUGCGACUGGGAAAGCACAGAGAGGCUCACAGCCGAGUGAGUUUGCCCCAAUGCACUGACUGUGGAAAUCCUGAAGCAACAUUGUAGCAUUCACACUGGGGAGAAAUAGUACAGGUGUUCUGUGUGGUCCAGCCUUCAACAGAUCAUCCAACAUAAAGAAACACAAGGACACUGGCACGAUGGAGAAACCAUGGAAAUGUGCGGACUGUGGGAAGGGAUUCAGUUCUCCAUCCCAGCUGGAAGCUCAUCGGCGCAGUCACACUGGAGAGAGACCGUUCACCUGUUCCGAGUGUGGAAGGGGAUUCACUUUGUCAUCUAGCCUUCAGUUACACCAGCGAGUUCACACUGAUGAGAGGCCUUUUAAAUGCUCUGACUGUGGGAACUGCUUUAAAAUCUCACCAGAUCUAAUUAAACACCAGCUUGUUCACAGUGAUGAGAGACCAUUUGGAUGCUCUCACUGUGAGAAGAGAUUCAGACAGUCAUCUCACCUCAUUCAACACCAAAGAGUUCAUACUGGGGAGAGGCCGUACACCUGCUCCAUGUGUGGGAAGGGCUUCACUUCAUCGUCCAACCUGGUAACACACCAACGGGUUCACACAGGGGAGAAGGUGUUCACUUGCUCCGAGUGUGGUAAGGGGUUUUCUCAGUCAUCCAAUCUGCGGUCCCACCAGCGUGUUCACACCGGGGAGAGGCCGUUCAUCUGCUCUGUGUGUGGGAGGAGAUUUGCUCGAUCAGCUCACUUGCUGACACACCAGCGAGUUCACAAUUGACUGCAGAGGUUGGAUUCUGCUGUGAAUCACAACCUUUGUUUGUUUCACUUGUAGUUAAUAACUUGCAUAACUGGGCUGGCAUUCAAUAUUCUGGAUGUCUGUCAAGUAAGUCAGUUUCGGUGGAAACACACAGUGUAUUGUAGAAAAUAAAAGAGAGGAGCAUGAGUGGACCAUAUCAUUCAGCCAUUCAGAAUGAUCCUGGCUGAUCAUCAGUCUACGCACCAACUUCUUGCCCGUUCCUGUAUCCUUCAAUUCCCUGACAGACCAAUAUUCUGUUUAUCUUAAUUAUAAAUGUACUCAGUGAUGGAACUAGAAGGAGGAAAUGAACAUUUACUUGACACGAGGAGGCCCUAUGGCCCAUCAUCUCUGUGCCAGCACAGUCUCACUUUCCAGCUCUUGCUCUGUGACCUUGUUUCCACAAGUCAAAUGUAAAUCCAGCACUUUUCAAAUGUGAGGAGAGUUCUGCUUCUCCCGCCCAAUCAGGCAGCAAGUUUCAAUUGCCUACCUAGUGAAAACAUUUCUCAAAGCUCCUCUUUCCCACCAAUCACUUUAAUUCUCUGUCUUCUAAUUAUUGACCUCUCUGCUCAGAAAGGAUGAAUGGAUGGGAAAGACUUAUGUUGGGCCCUGUUGGUUUUAUUCACCUUAAUUAAAUCUUCCUGAGUCUUUUCACUCCAAAUUAAAGAGCUUAACCAAUCAUUCCUCCCAAAUUCUCUCGUACAGGCAACCCUUUUAAUAACUCUCCACUGUCCCCUUUCUGAUCACAUUAUAACUGGAACGUGGUGAUUGGAAGUGGAUGUUGUCGUCUAAAAUGGCCUGAAAAAGUUUCAGACCGAAUAGAAUCCCGACAGUGUGGAAGUAGGCCAUUCGGCCCAUCCAAUCCACACCGACCCUCUGAAGAACAUCACACCCAGACCCACUACC